CAUGCAAUCCCCGAGGAUAACAAUACUUAUCCAUGCCAACCCCAAAGUCCAACUACGCCGAUCAAUUGCCGAUAUUUUAAAAUUAGGAUUAUUUGAUUAAGAAAUUAAAGAUUAAGCAUUGGAUUAGGCAAACAAUAAAACAAACACCAUAAUCCAAUCACUAAUGAAUCAGAAAUUAUAAUCUUCCCUCCGCCUUAUACCUUUACAAAAUCCACGCCCAAUCUUCUCUUUUACGUUAGCUCUCUCUCUCUCUCUCUCACUGUGUGAGUAAAUGCAAAGCGGCGUUGGCUGCGAAAUCUCUGACAAAAAACAACGCCUUUUUUCGCUGCUUCCCCGACACAGCACUAACGCCACUCUGCUCAAGACGUACUGCUUUGUUGCUUGAUUUGAUUCCAUAUUGCUUGUCCAUGCAAUAGUACUACUACAUCUGUUAGUUGCACAAACGAAACCAGUCAAAAGAGGAGAGAAAUGCUGGAAACUGUCAGCUACCUCAUCGGCUCAGCCGGCCCCACUGGUUUCGGCUCUAAGUCCACAGCCGAUCAAGUCACUGCUAGCUGCGAUCUGCGUUCCAUCACUGCCAUCAUCACCGGCGCCACUUCAGGAAUAGGAGCCGAGACAGCGAGAGUGUUGGCGAAACAAGGAGCGAGACUGGUACUCCCGGCUCGCAACAUGAAAGCGGCCGAGGAUACAAAGGCGCGUAUGGUUUCCGAGUGUCCCGAUUCUGAAAUCAUUGUUAUGGCAAUUGAUCUUAGCUCUCUCAACUCUGUUCGAAACUUCGUUGCAGAGUUCGAGUCUCUCAAUUUGCCCCUCAAUCUCCUCAUAAAUAAUGCUGGCAAGUUCGCAGACGAACAUGCUAUAUCGGAAGAUGGAAUAGAAAUGACCUUUGCCACUAAUUAUCUUGGUCAUUUUCUGUUAACGAAAUUGUUGUUGAGGAAGAUGAUCGAAACUGCAAAAGAAUCCGGCAUCCAAGGCAGAAUCGUUAACGUUUCAUCAACUAUUCACGGCUGGUUCUCCGGAGAUAUGAUCCAAUAUCUCGCGGAAAUAUCCCGAAAUAAAUGUCGUUACGAUGCCACACGUGCUUACGCUCUCUCGAAGCUGGCUAACGUUUUGCACACCAAGGAGCUUGCUCAGAGAUUGAAGCAAAUGCAAGCCGACGUGACUGUCAAUUGUAUCCAUCCAGGAAUAGUGAGAACCAGACUCACCCGAGAACGAGAAGGCCUAGUCACAGAUAUGGUGUUUUUCAUGGCGUCCAAGCUCUUGAAGACAAUUCCUCAGGCUGCUGCAACAACUUGUUUCGUAGCAACUCAUCCGAGACUGUUGAAUGUGUCUGGAAAGUAUUUUGCCGAUUGUAACGUAGCUUCAACGUCGAAACUGGGAUCCAGCUCAACAGAAGCUGCACGGUUAUGGUCCGCCUCUGAAAUCAUGGUUUCUACGGACGCAAAUGCAGUUUUUGAUGCACUCAAUACCAAAGAAUAUGGUGCACAAACAAAAAAAAAAGUAGGUUAAAUAUAUAAACGGGAAAAACACAUAUUUAGAAAUUAAAGAUGAGGUGAUAUUAGAUUGUUAAGUUUCAUAUUCAAAUUUCAAUCAAAAUUAAAUAAAGAAAAAUGAUAUUUAACAGGUAUUGGAGGGAAAAAGAAAAAAAAAAUGCUACAAAAAGAGAAAUAUACAACAGUACACAACUUGGAGCAUGCUAUGGAAUGCUAUAGAUGUACUGGUUGUUCUAUGUAAGUUAUAUUAAUAUAUAACAGGUAUAGUUCUGUAGUAUGUACUUUGGUUAUUUAGUUUGGGAUUAAGAUUAAAGAAUGUUGGCUUGGCUUGUUUAUAA